AUUACAUUCAAUAUGUCACGAUUUUUUGAUAACGAUAUCGAUUGUUAUUCAUAUGUGUAUUCUAUAUUAUUUUUAGUUUUGGCUUAAAUUGAGGAAUUAUUUAAUUUAAUUCAAACACUUCCUAUAUUUCUAUUACCUAAUGUGUUGAGUAGUAGCCCUGUUAAAAUAAAUAUUUAUUUUUAGAAUUGUGUAUAUAUAUACAUAUACAAAGUAGUAUUCAUCUAUUUAGUAAUCAGUUUCUAUACAGACCUCAUAUCUGUUAGUAGUUAAGACAGAACUGAUAUACAAAAUUUAUAAACAAAGUACGAAAUGAAAAUACUAUAAACUAAUCGAAGUAAUAAUUAUUUCCAAAUGUAAUCGGAAAAUAUAAAGUGAGAAUGUUAUAAACAAUAAAUCGAUUAAUUUUAAUUUACGCAUAAGUGACAUAAUCUAAAAAUUUUUUAUCGACUAAAAAGAAAAUAUUCUAUUCCUACCCUUGUAUUAUAUUAUAUUUUAAUAUAGCUAAACAAAAAAACAAACAAUUUAACAUAAUCUAUUAACUUAAAGGACAUUAACAAAAAAAUAACCUAUAACGAGACGCACUAAAAUGACUUUGUAUUUAUUUCUUAUCAUUUUGUCAUUAUGUAAUUUAAAGUAUAUUAAAAAUAAUUAUAAAGUCAUUAACAACUAUCUCGUAUAAAGUAAAGGAUAUAUACGAAAUAUUCGAUCUAUUUUAUUUUUAAUGAAUAAUCAAAUUUAUGGAAGAAAUUCUUUUUCUUUUGAUUUUAGAAAAUUUCGUAAAUACGUAAGUAGAAUUUAUAAACCGAAAUGAUGUAAAUAAUUUUUUUGUGAAAGUUUGCAAAUCAUUUAUCUAUCUAUUUAACGACUGAAAGCAUUGAACUGAGCGAUAUGUAGAAUAUGCUCGCAUACGUAUGUGUAGUGUUGCUGGUGUACAGUGCCACGAAUGUUUUUGCGAACCGGUUAAAGCGAAUUAUUAGUGAUUUAUUAUCAUGAAUUCGUUCUAAGGAAGAAUUAUAAAUUAUUGUUGGAUUAAUUACAAUUCCUGGCUGUUUUGGACUUUGUAAAAAAAGGAAGUGUUUUUAAUAGAAUUAAUCCUGGCGCCUAAACAAAAUGCUUCCGCCAUAUUCACACAAGGAUUCACGCAACAUUGGAAGCCGUAUCAAGGAGAAGCUUCUUGGUUGGAAGCGUUUAAUUUUUUCUGACAAAAAUACCAGGAACUUAUUUUUGUUUUUAAUUUUAAAUUUAUCUUUUGCUUUCGUUGAGUUAUCGUACGGAAUAUGGACAAACAGUUUGGGCCUAAUCUCAGAUAGUUUCCAUAUGUUUUUCGAUUGUACCGGCUUGUUGUUUGGUUUGGCAGCAUCAGUUAUUACGAAAUGGAGAGCCAACAACCGAUAUUCGUAUGGUUAUCUACGUGCAGAAAUAUUAGGUGGAUUCGUUAAUGGAUUGCUAUUGUUAUUCAUUGCUUUCUUUAUAAUGUUUGAAGCUGUUGAAAGAGCUAUCGAGCCACCUGAUAUAAAACAUGAAAGACUUUUUACUAUAUCUGUGAUGGGACUCAUAGUGAAUUUAGUAGGAAUAUAUGCCUUUCAACAUGGACAUGGGCAUGGUCAUGGUGGUCAUGGGCAUUCUCAUUCUCAUAGUAGUGGACAUGGCCAUUCUCAUUUAAAUCAUAAUCACAGUCACCAUCAUCUUGAUAUUGAAAUUGAUCCAACUUUUACUGGUAAUAAUUCUCAAAUUAUGAAAGGAGUUUUUCUACAUAUACUAGCAGAUACUCUGGGAUCUGUAGGAGUAAUUAUAUCAGCUGUUUUGAUGCAAAUGUUUGGUUGGAUGAUAGCUGAUCCUAUUUGUUCCAUGCUCAUUGCAGUAUUGAUAGUGUUAAGUGUACUCUCAUUAAUGAAAGAAUCUUGGGAGAUUCUUAUGCAAAGACAACCUCCGGCUUUGGAUCAUGUUUUACCACAGUGUUACAAUAAAGUGACCCAAUUGGCUGGAGUUUAUAGUGUGCAAGAACCACAUUUUUGGACACUUUGUUCUGAUGUUUAUGUUGGUUGUAUAAAACUGGAAGUGGCACGAACUGUAGAUCCAAAGUAUGUGGUUGCGCAUACUCAAAUGAUUUUUCAAGCAGCAGGUGUGAGACAACUAACCGUGCAAUUGGAUUAUGCACCUAUGUGAUCUCUUAGAAACGUGCGUAUUGUAAAGUGUUCUUAUAAAUGCUCCAGAAGUGUAUUCAUUUGUCGACUUUGUCAAAAAGGCGUAAGAAGUACAGCUCUGAUGCAAACUAUUUUUGCGAUUUUGGGUCUGUGCGGUUGCUUAGUUUUUAAUAGAGGAGAAUAUCAAUUUCAAUUACAAAUUAUUUAAAGAAUUAUAUAUAAUUUGCCAACUGUCAGCCAUUGGAGCCAUCAAUAUAGGACCUUUUAAUCCUAAAGCUCUGAACUGCUAUUUCCUAGCAUUUUGAGCAUCAUACUAUAGAAAGUAUAUAAAUCCAAACAAUGUUGCAUUUCAUUAUAUAAUUAAUAAACUUUUACUUCUGUGUUUUUAAAUUAAUGUGUACAGAUCUCUCUUGAGAUCUGGAUUUUUUUAUGAUUACAAAAAUGUUGUUAUAACCUAUAUCUAUUAAAUCGAAAUUUAUAGAUAAAUUAUCAUUUUCAAAUAUUAAAUGUAAUCAUAAGAUUUUCAUUUUUAUAUAUUUAUGCAGAGAUGCUCAUUUUUAGGUUGUGUUAAUGAUUUUUACCAAUAUAUCAUCAUUUAAUAAUAAACAAAAAUAGAAGGUUUUUAAUAUUUCGUUGAAGUAAUUUAUAUGUAAUACGAUUUAUGUAAAAUACUUAUUUUGUAAUAGAAGUGUUAUUCCAUUAUAAAUUACUACUCGAAUAUUGUAAAAAUAAUUAAAUCGAAGGCAAUUAUAAUUAUAUUAAAACCAAUAGAAUUAAUUCCGUACAAAUCUUUUAAGAAACGUCUGUCAAGUUUGAUUUUUGCAUUUGAAAAAAAAACGACACGAUAUUUUCUAUAUACUUAUGCAUAAAUAAUGUAUAUGUUUUUGUAAUUAAUUUUCUUUAUCGAUGAACUUUAUUUUUGAAGAGUUACUUUUCAUAUAUAUAUAUAUAGGCAAGUGUGAUGCAGUAUUACUAAUGGACAAUGAGCUAGACAGAAACUACUAUAAAUCAUCAUGCAAUUUUAAGAUAAAAAACAUUUUUCAAACGAAUAUACAGCUUAUUAUAAGAAAACAAGAAAAAUGAACAAAAUAUUUACAUUCCAUGACGUAGAUCAAUCAUUAACGAAGAUUUAACCAACUAACUUUUCCCGCUAAAAAUUUAAUUAAUGCAAUUUUAAUAAUACUUAAAUUAAUACUUGCAUGAAAUUUCAUUCUAAGGAAUGAAUCAUCGUAAUAUUAAUUUGCAAUAAUUAACAUUAAAAAAAAGCGAUUGUUUAAUGAUUAAUCGAAACCAUAAAAGAAACGUAUACCUUUUUUUAUCGUACUGUUGUGAAACUUGUAUGAUGCGUCUUAUCGCCAUAGUAAUUAUUCCAAGCCAGAACUCUCGUAUUGUUAUGUUUUCAUAAUCUUAAUAUAUAACCUAAAGAAACGCAUGUAAAAAGAAAAAAAAAAUAACUAUAAUAAUAAAGAAAGAACGAGGAGAAGAAAAAGGAUAUCUUUAUCCGAAAAAGAUAAAGAUAAUAAAAAAUA